AUGUCUCGACGGCCCGCUAAUGACAGGGCAGCCCAGAAUGCCCAAACCCUCAAAGCCCUAGUCAAACUCGAAGGAAACAAAGUCUGCGCUGACUGCAAGAGAAACAAGCAUCCACGAUGGGCCAGCUGGAAUCUCGGGGUCUUUGUUUGUAUUCGAUGUUCAGGGAUUCACCGUGGGAUGGGUACGCACAUCAGUCGGGUCAAGUCGGUUGAUCUGGAUGCCUGGACGGACGAGCAACUACAAAGUGUCCUGAAAUGGGGCAACACAAGAGCAAACAAAUACUGGGAGGCCAAGUUGGCCCCGGGGCACGUGCCAUCUGAGGCGAAGAUCGAGAACUUCAUACGCACAAAGUACGAAUCCAAGAGAUGGGUAAUGGACGGCCCCAUGCCUGACCCCUCGACGCUCGACGCCGAAGGUGACGAUAACAUGCCCUUGAAUAUCGUGCAAGAAAAGGCCAAAAUCGAGAGGUCGGCUUCUCAGCGUCAAGCGUCCACUCAACCUCCUCCGCAGCCUCGGCCUGCUGCGAAUGUGAAUCUCUUCGACGACUUCGCUCCAGCUCCUCCGGUCAGGCCGAAUACAGCAGACAUUCCCAACUCAAAACCCACGCGAACUGGUCCACCCGCGCCUGCUCCAGCUCCAAAGCCUGCUGCGAAGCCACAAGACUCUCUACUUGGGCUGGAUUUCUUUGGAGGCUCCUCAGCAAGUGGCAUCGGUCGACCUUCGAGCGCGGCGUCCAAUCCUGCAGCAUCGACAAAUCCCAGAGGAGAUCUGAAAAGUUCGAUUCUGUCGUUAUAUUCCGCGCCCCCUAAGCCUCAACCUGCACCUCAACCCCAACAUGAUCGUCAGCCAUCAUUUGGUGGAAUUGCAACGUCGCCUGCACCACCGAAGCAAGAUGCAUUUGGGGGACUUGCCGAUGCCUUCAGCGGAUUGAGCUUCCCUAACCCGACCACCACAAAACCACCUCCUCCACAGCCGUCCUCUGCAUUUUCUGCGUUCGGCAGUUUGACCAGCCCUGUUGCAGCGCCGAAAGCCACGACCUCUCCUCCCCAGGUAACAUCGCCGCCUCCUCUGAGCGGUGGCAGUUUCUUCGACGCCCUUCCCUCCAAAGCACCACCCGCCAAAUCAACUGUCACCUCGCCAUUGGCCUCUAAUGGGCUCGAAUUUUCAUUUACCCAAAGAGCUCCGCCUCCGCAGCCUGCCGCCGCUCCGGCACCCAAACCAUUUACUACGUCUAUUUCUGCUGACUUAUUUGCGGCUGACGACUUUGGGGGGUUUGCCAGCUCGACACCCGCGUCACCCCCCAAACCGGCUCCCGCUCCACAAAUCUCAUCACCUACCAUCAGCAGCUCGACUUUCAGUUCGCCUUUCAAUCUCUCUUCGCAGCCUGCGUCAGCGCCAAAGCCAGCUCCCCAACAGUUCAAGGCUCCAGCAGCACCUCAAACUAAUACAUCCAUGUUUGAUCCUUGGGCUUCAGGCAAUGAUAGCAGCCCUUGGGGGGCGCCGGACCCAGCACCUGCAAAACCCGCGCAGCCCAAGGUCGAGUUGGGGAGACCACCGGCCCACAUAACGCCGAAUGAUAUUCAAGGAGGAUGGGGAGAGCCAAUAUCGUCGAGCAACAAACCGGUGAGGCAGGCGUCAGUCACAGCCGACGAGGAUUUUGGGGGAUGGACCUCGGCGUCUACAACGCAGACCCCGGUGGUCCCGCCAGCCAAAAGUAGUGGUGGAUUUGGAGGCACUUCAGAUCCUUUUGAUAACCCCUGGGGUUGA